AUGAAACCUCUGCUUCAUCAUUCUUCUUCCAUUUUUGUUUUCUUUAACUUCUUCACCCUUUUGAUGAUUUUCCUCAUCAAUAUUCCAACGUGUCUAUGCGAGGAUGAUGAGUACACAAACUGUAACACCGCUUUUUCCUGCGAAGACAAUAUCAAAGACCUCAAAUCACAAUCAAUAACCCUUAAAUAUCGUAUUCUUGGAUGGGACGAUAAAACACGGAUACUCACGGUGGCUAGAGACGAUUAUUCAGAUGGUGAUGUCUGUGCUGGGAAUAACAAUGACCAGAACAGCACAUUUGAUAACAGUACUAAAUUUCAACGUUACAAUGAUGUUGCUAACGUAACUCUCUUGUACGGUUGCAAUGUUGGAGCUAUAAAUGUACUGCCUCCAUUUUAUGAUAUUGACUGUGGCAAAAGUAAAUAUAUUGUCUACACCGUUGUUUAUUCUGAUUCGUUCUCUGCCUUCUGUGCUCCGACUCAUACUGUCGUGAUUCCAAUUUUGGAAAGCCUAGCUCAACAACUGGGAUCUGGCAAUGGACUACUGAGCAAUGUAUUAAAAAAAUCAUUACAAAGCGGUUUUGAUUUGAAAUGGAGCGGAAGCUAUGGGGAAUGUGAGAGUUGCGUUACUUCAGGUGGAGCAUGUGGGAAUGAAGGAAACACUCAAUUCAAAUGUUUCUGCUCUGAUGGAAUUAAUGCAACUUCAUGCCUUUCACCAGAGUUCUCACCCUCAAGUUCAAAACAUGGCUGGAGGCUUAGCUGGAGGCUUAUUGUGAUACUGAUAGGUGCUGCAGGAUUUGGAGUAACAAUGUUCUUUAUAAUUAUUAUCAUUAGAUGUCACCUAAAAAGGGGUACAGGUAGACAACAAAAGAGUAUUUUCAGGGAAAGAAGAAACCUUGUUGAGCACAAUGUGGAUGUUUUUAUGCAAAAUUAUAAUUCAUCCAUGCCAAGAAGAUAUAGUUAUAUAGAAGUAAAAAUGAUCACAAACUCAUUUCGAGAGAAAUUAGGCCAAGGAGGAUAUGGUGCUGUAUACAAAGCAAGUUUAAUCGAUGGUCGUCUAGUGGCAGUGAAAGUAAUAAACGAAUCAAAGGGAAAUGGAGAAGAAUUCAUAAACGAAGUUGCUAGUAUUAGUAGAACAUCACACAUGAACAUUGUAUCACUCUUUGGUUAUUGUUAUGAGGGAAACAAAAGAGCACUAAUAUAUGAGUUCAUGCCCAAAGGUUCAUUGGAUAGGUUCAUCUAUAAAAGUGAAUUUCCUAAUGCUAUUUGUGAUUUUGAUUGGAACACUCUGUUCCAAAUUGCAAUAGGCAUUGCUAGAGGACUAGAGUACUUGCAUCAUGGAUGCAACUCAAGGAUUUUGCAUCUUGAUAUCAAACCCCAAAACAUUCUUUUGGAUGAAGAUUUUUGUCCAAAAAUAUCUGACUUUGGUUUGGCUAGAAUAUGCCAAAAGAAGGAUAGUACUGUGUCAAUACUAGGGGCAAGAGGAACUAUAGGAUAUAUGGCACCUGAAAUAUUCAGUAGAGCAUUUGGUGGAGUUUCUUACAAGUCUGAUGUGUACAGUUACGGAAUGCUGAUUCUUGAGAUGAUAGGAGGAAGAAAGAACUAUGACACCGUAGGGUCAUGUACUUCUGAAAUGUAUUUUCCUGAUUGGAUUUAUAAAGAUCUUGAGCAAGGUAAUACUAGUAACACUCUUUUAAAUAGUUUGACAAUCUCAGAGGAAGAAAAUGAUAUGGUUAGAAAGAUCACUUUCGUGAGUCUAUGGUGCAUUCAAACGAAUCCAUCCAACAGACCACCAAUGAAUAAAGUAAUUGAAAUGCUUCAAGGACCACUUUCAUCAGUGUCAUAUCCUCCAAAGCCGGUUUUGUUUUCUCCUGAACUACCACCACUACAAGUAGAGUCAAUAUCCUCCUCCGAUUUGUACGAGACAAAUUCAAUUAGAGUUUCGAAAUAA